ACAUUAGAAGGCAUAGAAUACCAGGCCAUAAACAAUUCCAUUAUGUGCAUUCAGUGACAAAAGACGUUUCUUUAGUAAUAAUAAUAAUAAUAAGAAAAAAAUGUGCCUUAUGCUUUCUUUAUUUUUUAAAAUCUUAGACGUCAAUAUUCUAGUUUUGUUUUCUUUGUGUGAGCCUACCCUCACUUAGUGUUAAGUCAAGCCUGUGCUGUAACAGGCUUGUCUUUUGUUAUCUUUACAUUGUGGUGCUGUCUGUACCUUGUUAUAACCACAGAGUGCCUGUUCAAAGUUUACCAAUACUGAUUUACUUUGAGCAUGCUACAGUGCAUAUGAAAUACAAUAUACUCCUUGCAAGACAGAAGUUCACAGGAAGAUAAAGGCUUGAAGUGAUGAGUAGUGGUCGAACAAGAAAUGUCACUGGAACUACUGUCGUCGAAAGGGCUUGUCGCAAUGUUGGCUCCAGCGACAUUCCUUGUUCGACCACUUAAGGCACCAGUGGUUUCCUCUGCUUUUAUUCAUGGGUAUAGUAAGAAAAUCUACACCCUAAUAUUUGGGCACAUUUUUUAAUCCAGUGGGCCUGUGCUUCCCAAAAUUUAAGUAAUGACCCCAAGAAGGGUCACAACACAUUCAGUGGAAGAGGUCAUCUGAAACACAUCGAACAUUUUUUAAAUACUCUUUGCCUGCUGUUCUGCAUCACAAAGCAGCUCAUGGAAGCAGAACCCUAGGUGUUCUGGUGUUCUUGAUGAGCAAAAGGGCAGACAACAGUUUUAAGGAACAACACAGUCAUAACACAUUACCUUUUGUUUGCUUGCUGAGAGCACACAGGUGAGUGAAGCUUUUCAGUGCAUUGAAGGGUAUCUCUGCACUGAAACUUUACUCUGAAUGUUGGCCCUAGAGGCAGACCAAACGAAACACCUGUAUGAGGUACCUGUUUAGGAAAAUACAAGUUUUUGAAACUUUAAAUGUGGCUGAAAAAGAGUAUGUGGACAUAACAUCGAACUUGAGUCUCAGAUAUCUGUUUUUGCUUAAGCCUUUGAAAAAAUUGUCAUAUUUGGCAGGAAGGUGCAUGUUCUUGGAUAUAGAGCCACGAGAACCUUCUCCCCUUCCUGCAUGUACUCGGGCAAAGUUUGCUCAUUUUUUUUCUUUGAUGGAUUUGCUGCGUGACAUAAUGAGAAAAAGAAAUAUAAGAAAAGCAUGCAGGACUGCAGCAAUGUCUCUGAAAAACUUGUUAACCAUCAAUCAGCAGUUGUAGUUAUUAGGGACAUCUGGCUUAAAACCAGCCUUGCUUCUGUGCAGAGGAUUCACUGAAUUCAAAGUCAGGGUGUCUACCAAUCGGGAAAACUGGGAAUUCUCGGGGAUUUUGAGUAGUCUGGAAAAACUCAGGGAAAACUCAGGGAAUUUGUGCUUCUAUCAGGGAAAAUUAGCUGUAAUUUUAUUGAAAAGGUCGAAAGUCGAGUAAUGCUGGCUCGAGUAACAGACAGGAAUCGUAAUGAGUCGUCUUUAAUGCCCUGUCGUCGGCUGGAGGAGUUGCCAUUGUGCCAUCAACGAUCGACUUUCUGGAUUCCCGAUAAUUUGGACGGCUUCGCGGCACCACCACGUACCCCAUAGAGUCAGUGUAUCAGAACGUCUGAAAUUUCGAACGUAAAAGCUCUUCGCCGCCCGAUUUUCUGGAGGUUUUGCCGUUGCUGCAGGUCCGAAACGGCAUUAAUCAAAUCCACCACCGCUGCCGUUUUGAUUACCUUGCCGCUUCGAACUACGCAGAUCCGCUGGCAGUCGUAGCCACUACUGCGGCAACGCUAGGCCUAGCUCUUUCGACGUUCGCUAUGAAGCUUCUUGCCGUUGAGUGCCGCGUUUUUUAUUGAAAGAAUUCGCUGCUGUUAGCAAUGGCACGGACUCCGCCUUUGUGGUCCUCGCGAUUGGCUUAGAAGCUUGGAAAGCAUGGUGCGUUGCAUAAUGCCGGUUCCCGAAAGUCGGCUUCGCCCCAUACACGAAUAUUACUUGAAGCAUACACAAAAGUAUUGCAGUGAACCAUAACAAGCGUGGGAAGGGGCUAUUGCCAUGGGACACAGUAUGUAUUCCUUAAUUAUACAUGCGUGCACUUGGUAUUUCCUGUCACAGUACGAGCACCGAUAUGCCUAAUACGUGUACCGGCAGGCCUUCAGAGUGUUUUCGAAUGUGCCUGUGGCGUUUUGAGCCCUUAAGGGCAGUAAAUUACAUGCAUUUAUUUUUUCCAACUGGACGAUUUUUCUGAUGUUUUCGCGGCCCCUAGGGAGUUCGAAAAAUUGGACAUGGACUGUGCAACUGAUCAAGAAGAUCCUUCAAGUGGUUUGUGGGGCGAACGAGUGGCGGAAGGAGGACAAGAACAGAAAGGACUUACGCAUUGAGGAAUGUACGGGAAAGGAAGCGCGCUGCCGCCGUUUUGAAGGAGCUUGGGCUCAAAAAACAGUGUUGGCUGAUGCUGAGAUGCAGAUGUCCCUCAUCCAAACCAAAAUAAACUCUUUAAAGCAGUCAAACACAACACUGAGGUAUUGUGCGUGGGCUGAGAGUAUGUCAGGACAGUUGAGGUUGAUUUAAGAGCUGUUGAGAGAGAAUCUCAAUUGUGACAACGUUCAGGCCUCAUACCACUGAGGUUGCUAUCAGUUGAUAGAAAUAGCUCAUAUUCAAAAAUAUUUGCUUCUGUAUGCAUCUCCUUGUUAUUCGUAUUUGAGAAUGUCUGACUCGAUUUGCAAUUUUUUCGAAGACAUUUUAUUUGCUGCACAUAUUACUAACCCCUCCCUUCUAUUCUCUUUUUGAAUAACAUAAACACUACUACUCCUUGGUAUUCAAAUUGGACUAUGUCGUUCUUUUUUUAAAUUUUUCGCAUGCUUACUAGAGAGUGACAGCAUCGGGUGAUAUGGUUUCAGCCCAUCUUGACAUAAAACAUAGUUCUGCAUCAAUCAGGGAAUUUUUCAAAGGCACUCGGGGAAAACCUGGAAAACUCAAGGAAUUUGGAAAUGUCAACUUGGUAGACACCCUGAAAGUACACAUGGAGCCCAGCACUAUAUUGCACUGUGAUUUAUAGUGUAAGAACUCUGCCUUACAUUCAAGAAAGUGUUCCCGAAUUUUAGUUAACUCAUCCAUCAGCAACAGCUGCUUUGUUUGCUUCAAAAGCUAGCACAUUUUGCAUUUGGGAAGGUGUACAUUUUGGGAGAGUAAUUAAGAUAUGACGGUUGACCUGAAGUGAAUUUUAUUGAGUUUAGGACAUGGUAGGAGCCUUUUGUGUUUUGCAGCUUGCUAUAGGACCUAAAAAUGGCUAAAAUACAUUGGCGGGCUAGUUGGUUUAGAUUCAUGAUACAAUGUGCAAGUGCGACUGGACGAGUCGUCUGCAAGCAACGUAGAAGCGCUGUGGCAGUGUCUGCUUCAAUUUCUGUCCUGUUCGUUCAUGCUUGUACAGUGUGUCGUGAAUCCUAAAAAUGGCCCCAGUGGAAAGGACGUUAUUUGCAUCAAUACAUUGUCUCAUUCAGUUGACACAAUAGAAAACUAAAGCAGUAAGUAACGUAGAAUUGAGCUUUACUUUGUCUUCAUGAUUAUGAUUGCAUUGCACUGAGUUUUACACUGGCUUUCUGACUUUUUGCCAAGGUAUUUUGCCUGUCGGUUACUCUCAUGAAAACAGUUGUGUCAAAAUUGUUGUAUGCUCCAUUUCUAACACCACAGAAAAGACUUACCAAGGCCAGGAUUAGCACUACAUGGUAAUUUUGACUAGCAAGUUCGCUGAAUGAAAUGCAGGCAUCUGCAAACAACCUUAGCUGAGCUGACUUGCUUAUGAUGUCACUUACAUCAUCAAUGUAAUCCAGAAAAAGUGAAAGGGCUUCUUUUAUCUUGCUUGGGAAAUGCCACGUGAAAAUGAUAAAGGUAACUGCACACAAGCUAAUUCAUAGCCUUUUGAGGCAAUUUUCUUAGCACUGAAUUCAGCUGACCAAUGGCGCUACUGAAAUAGUUGUGAUCCAUGCAAUGGUCAUAUUUCCUUUUGUUAAUGUCCUGCUCACACGAGGCACUUUUGAUUGCGAUUGGACCUAAUUGGUAUAGAAUAUCUCAAUUACAAUCUUCUCUCUUCCACACCUUGAACAAAAGAGCCGAUCACGAUUGAGAAAUUUGAUCAUGAUCUGACGCUCGAAAGUGCCUUGUGUGAAUAGAGUAUAAUAAAUGUGUAAUGCCCAAAAAGAAUGCUGCUUUAUAUAUUGAUAAAACUGCUGAAAGUGCCUGUUAUGUUGCAGGUGAUUUGCUUACUUUGUAUCUGAUUAGAAGGCGAUGAAAAGCACUUGUCACUCUUACCCUGCCUGUAUGCAACUUGUUCAACACUUGUUAUUGUCGCACCCUCAUAUUAAUUUUGUACCAUGGAAUACUAACCCAUUUUGUUGCAGUCUUUGUAAAACAUGUCACCCCCCCCCCACCACUACCACUACUGCUGCCGCCUUUUUAAUCUUUAUUGCGACUACUUGCAGGGGGUAAUAAAUAAAAUGCAAACAUUGAUUAGCUCAACUCUGCAUGAACAAAAAAGUUUGGAGGAGAUUUCGCUCCUUCAAGAGCAAACCUCUCAAUAUUAUGAGUGGAAACUUCGGCUAUAAAGGGAAGGAGGUGACCUAGAAUUAUUAUCAUAUAGUUAUUGAUUUUAUUAUGGUAGUCCUGUAAGAAUAUGUACUGAUUAAAGACAGUUCUUUAUUGAAGUUUCUCAUGUAGUUCACAGGAAGCAUUUGUCUCGAUGACACUUUUGGUGGAGUUGUUUAUUAAAAUAACUUUGGCACUGAGAGGUUCAUUAAGGCAAAGUAGAAGGCAUUGAGAUGCAAAUUAAAAGCAUUUGCUUGGUUGCAGUUGCUGCCUUCGGAAGUACAGCGGUCCCCCAAAAUUUGGCUGAAUCUUAAGUACAUAGCAGGCAACGACCCCUUAAAUCUGCUGCGUACAUCACAAGCCAUGACUGAACCUUUAGCUUGUCACUUUUCUGCGUGAAACAUGUGCAGUGACACAGAAGGUGCAAGAGCAGUAUUUGCAAGAUGGAAUUUUUGUGUAACUUUGACACUGUUGACAGAAAAUAGAUGUACAGCUGGUUGGAAGCCACAAAAUUAGACUGUCCAGGCUAGAACAGUAUGUCUGGCAACCUUAAUGUGAGCAGCUCAUGGUGACAAGGUGACAUGCUUUUUUUUUUUUUUUCCCAGCCAUUUUGAACCACACCCAGGAAUCCUGGAUAUGUUGCACUGGCAUUUUUUGUUCUGCAGCCUUCUAAAUUCCUAGUGGACAUAAUUUAUGUUAGCCACUUAGAAAACUAAGUAACAGCUGCUAUCAUGCUAGCAAACUUGCAUUGAUCUUAAUGUUAUCCGAUGUGCAGUGAUCGAAAUCACUCAACACAACUUGGACAAAUUUAUACCAGUAAUGUUGUUAAACUAUCCUUUAAAAAGUUGAGCUGUUCACACAUUUGCAUGUAUUCUAUGGAUGCUCUGUUUUAAUGAGCUGGAAACGUAUGCUAUAAACUAUGUGCAGCUGCUGGCAAAUUUUAAUCAUGCAUUUGUUUUAACAGGAAGAAAUAGCGCCAGUUUUGGGUUAUUUUUCGCAGGCUUCCGUGCUUAGAAUUGCACAUGCUAUUAAGUUGACCCUAAAAGCAAACGCCAUUUUGUGCUGGCAUUGUUGAAUGUUUGACGUGCAACUUAAUAUAUAGGCGCCAUUUUUUCCGGAAAUUUCUAUUUCAUGAACUGUGUACUUAGUUGUCCCAUAAUAUUGAUCAAAAAAGAAAGUGUUUUCGAUGGAGGUCACAGCCACUAGAGGUGCUGGUUGUUGACACUGAUAAUGUGCAUUAAUUGAUUUUAUUGCACAAUAAAAUUUUCUUAUUCCAGCUCUUCAACCUUGCAAACUGUGUGUGCUUGCAUCAUACUUCUACAUGCACUGUGUGCAAUCACAAAAAAAUUUCAAAUGUGGAAUUUCCUACUUGAUUAAUUUCUUAUAAUGUUAAUAUCUUUGCUCAUCACAUCACAGUAGUCUGCUUUCUUGUUUAUGAGUGCAGAAAAAUGUGCACUGAGGCAUGCAGCAUUUUUGGUGGGAGUUGAUAUGAGAGCAGCACAAAAAAAAGAAAGAAAAAAAAAGUUGAUGCAGAAAGGAAGCGCACAUGAGGGCUAAGGGCAUGUUUCCUUUCGUAGUCAUGUUUUCUGUGCUGCUUCAAAAUCAUGAAUGUUAACAAGCUUACCGAACAUAUCCGUCUAAGUUCCAUAAGUGGCCUAUACGGUAUGUGUUCUCUAUUUUGAGGCUGGAAUUUUAUGUCAAUUCACCCUCAUGUUCUAGAAUGUUCUUCCAGUCAACACUCCACCUCGACUCGAUGAUGAUGAUGAUGAUGAUCUAUUGGCAUCCCCUUUGAAAUGGGGCAGUGACAAAUAAUCACCUAGCCUCCUUGAGCUACUCAGGUUUAGUCUCUAACUGCCAUACUGAUUUGCCAAAACUAAAGUACUGACAUCUGAAGCGUGAUAUCUCAGCCAAAAUUUAACCGGAAGCCAUUUUGCGAACAGUGGUUGCUGCAGUGAGCGGGGGCAAUGUUCGCCACAGGGAAGCUGUGCGUGCAUCAGAUUAUUUUGGCCAUGUGGCGCAGGAAGCCCAUUCUACUUUUCGUGGUGCUGGUGGUGGUGCUGCUGGUUGUGUUAGUCCAGUAUAGCUCCCUGGGCAGUCACAAUGCACGGGGCGAGUCACUGCUGGCCUCCCCAUUCGGCAUGGCUCCUCCAGCAGCUCCAGAGCAGCAUUGGGCCGCCCAGCAGCAGCAACAGCAGAAGUCGGCGGCCGGAGAAGCCAAGCCUGUCAAGGAGCCAGCACCUAGUGGACAGAAGAGCAAAGUUUUCAUCCCCCAGCUGCGGUUUGUCCACUUUGACCUGAAGGGGGCACCUCCCAAGGUGGCUUAUCUCAAGCAGGUCUUUCUGCUUAUCCGAGAAGCUGGUGCCAAUGGCAUCCUGUUGGAGUAUGAAGACAUGUUUCCAUACCACGGCUCAUUAGAGCCAAUACGUGCAAAGAAUGCUUUCAAGAAGUCCGAGAUUGAAGAGAUUCUGGCUGCUGCCAAAGAAAACAACUUGGAAGUGAUCCCUCUGGUGCAGACAUUUGGACAUAUGGAGUUUGUGCUUAAGCUCCCAGAGUUUAGGCAUAUACGAGAAGCUGAUGAACACCCAACAGCUCUGUGCCCUUCACGGAAUGAAAGCUUCACGGUAGUGAGUACCAUUGUAGAUCAAGUAUUGGAACUACACCCAAAUGUCAAAUGGUUGCACAUUGGGUGUGAUGAAGUGUUCCACAUGGGUUACUGUUCACGCUGCAUGCAACGAGACCGGGAAGAAUUAUUUCUGACACAUGUUCAGCGUGUGGCGCACCACGUAAGAGACCGCCAUGGCCGGGUACCUAUUAUCUGGGAUGACAUGCUGCGUCAGAUCAGUGCUGAAAAGUUAAAGCCACUGGGCAAGCUUGUGGAGCCCAUGGUGUGGUCCUAUGUCAAGGAUGUGUACCGGUUCAUCAGCUAUAGCAACUGGGCUACCUAUAGUGAAGCAUUUGAAGCCAUCUGGGCUGCCAGUGCAUUUAAGGGUGCAUUUGGCGAGACCUUGACUGUGCCCAACGUACGCAUGCACCUGGAGAACAAUGAAGGGUGGCUUGAAGUGAUGAAUGAGCAGCAUGCGAAGUUUCCUCACUUCCGUGGCAUUGUCGUAACUGGCUGGCAACGCUAUGAUCACUUUGCAACACUGUGUGAGCUCUUUCCCGCAGGCCUACCGUCCCUGAUACUCAACCUACUGGUGCUCUCCAAUGGUGCAUACAGUACCGAACUGCUGUCACGGUUUCACAGCCUGCUCAAGUGUAGCCACUCGCGGUCACCAAUGGACCUGCAAAAUGACCCUUACCUUUGGCAGAAGGGCUAUGGCUGCUUUUUCCCAGGUUCAGCAGUCUUCCGCCUAACGCAGACGCAUAGCGAAGCCAUCAAGAAGGCAGAUGACUACAUGCAUGAUGUGACGAUAGGCAAAGCCUGGAUCACUGAGUACAAUGUUCGCCGCAACCUGACGCUGCCCAGCCGCGUGGACCAAGUGCUUGAAGAACACUCGUCCACACUGUACACGCUCACCUCCCUCAUACAUCAAGCGCGUGACGUGCUGCGCGAAGUCUUCGAUGAGUACACUGUGGCAGAGUGGAUCGAGCAGAACAUCUACCCAUGGGUGCUGCGCCUGGAGAAGCUGUGGAACGACGCCUUGUCCAUCAAGAAGACACGCACUUGGCCCGUGCGGCCACUCGACCCGCUGCCCGACCUUCGCCGCUUCAAUGUCGGGGGAGUCUGAUGGGACACAGUGCUCUAGGGACUCUCACGGGGUGUGCACAAACAAAUGUGGAGUGUGGGACUUGCUGUUUUUUUUUAUUAUUAUUAGUGAGUGGGUUUUUAGAACAUCAUUUUGUUGUUGUACCUGCUGUAUGCAUCCUCACUCUUGUUGAGACACGGCCAGGACUUUCUGGUGUUCGCUGUACUGUGCUACAUAUUUAUGUUCACUGAGUGUACAUCAAUAAAAGGCCCUUUUAAGUUAUUCACA